UAGAGAGAGCGAGAGAGGGAGAGACAGAGAGACAGAGAGAGAGACAGACAGACAGACAAGCGGUGGUGGAGGUCUCUGCUUCAGACUCACUGUCUCUCUGCAGGAUCCAUCCCCAUCACAAAUAUAAUCAUUGGUUCAUAGUGUUGCUGUUCGUCUCAUCCCUGUCAGUCAGGUGUGUGAGGGUUCCUGGGAGCUGAGGAUUCAGUGUGCAUGGGUUGAUGCUGCAGGCUGCACAUUCUCAGAGGAACCUCUCCAGACCAGCCCUCAGCCCCCGGCCCACCCCACCGCAAGAAUGAACUCCUUGCCCCAUGGCUCCCGCGCCUCCAUCGACAUCCUGGAGGAACUCCAGCUGAUUGCAGCGCAGAACCUGGAAAAACUGGACAUCAACAAAUACUAUGAGGUCGUCCGUGAACUGGGCAAGGGCACGUACGGGAAAGUGGACCUGGUUGUCCACAAAAUCAGAGGCACGAAAAUGGCCCUGAAGUUUUUGAGGAAGAAGACCACCAAGCUGAAGAGCUUCCUGAGAGAGUACAGCAUCUCCCUCUACCUGUCGCCCUGCCCCUUCAUCAUCAACAUGUACGGCAUCGCCUUCGAGACAGACGAGUACUACAUCUUCGCUCAGGAGUACGCUCUGGCCGGAGAUCUGUUCGACAUUAUCCCUCCACAGGUGGGACUCCCUGAGACGGUGGCCAAGCGCUGUGUCCACCAGGUGGCGAUCGCCCUGGAUUACCUGCACUGUAAGAAGCUGGUCCACAGGGACAUCAAGCCAGAGAACAUCCUCAUCUUUGACAAAGAGUGCCGAAAGGUUAAGCUGUCAGACUUUGGCAUGACACGGCGUGCCGGCUCUCCGGUGAAGCGUGUUAGUGGUACAAUCCCGUACACGGCGCCCGAGCUGUGUGAUACCUCGCGACAUGAGGGUUUCUGUGUGGACUACAGCACUGACGUUUGGGCGUUUGGCGUGCUGCUCUUCUGCAUGCUGACAGGAAACUUCCCGUGGGAGAAGGCCAUGCCGAACGACGGCUUCUAUGAAGAGUUUGUGCGCUGGCAGCGUCGCCGGACGGGCACGGUGCCCUCACAGUGGCGCCGAUUCACUGAUGAUGCUCUACGAAUGUUUCGUAGGCUCCUCUCCAUCGAGCAGGAGCGCCGCUGCUCCGUCAAAGAAGUCUUCAGCUACUUCAACCAGUGCUGGAUGUUGGACACGGAGAACGGAAACAGCAACAGCAACGGAGGUUUAGCGAGCAGCGCUCCUCCACUGGACAUCAGCUCGUCCUCAUCUGAAGAAGACGUGUUAGUGGACAGACUGAAGCAACAGAGCUUGUCACCUGCCUGCGUGGCUGCAAAGGGAAGCAUCAUGAUGGACACCCACUACUCCUCUAUGUCCACUAACAGCUCACCGUCCUCCACCGGCAGCUAUGAGCGGGCCAACAGGGAAAACAACGAAAGGGGACGCAUCCUGGUGGCCACACCCAUCGAGAUCUGUGUGUAGAGGCUGCUGAUGCUGCUUUACAGGCGACAUGCUCACGUGUGAGGCCGGUGUGAGCCGAAGUCUGCGAUUUCUCCGAGUGUCAGGAGGAGAAAAGUGUUUGGCAUGACAGGUGCUUGGUGCAGAAGAAACUAUCAAGAGUCUGAUGUACACGUUGUUGUAGCUUCACUGUGGAUUGAAUCAUUUCUGAUGACGACAGACUCUGAGGAAAUGACCAGAGAGGCAAUUACACCCAGUAGCCUCCUGUGCUCUUUACUUGCGUUACUGAAAUAAAACAAGAUGUGAAUCUCACUGGAAUAAAAGAAAACUGAAGGAAAAAAAAUGAUCCAGAAGCAAUAUGUUCAAACGUUUGGAUUAAACUAGUCUGUGAAGAAAAAAGAGAAGAAUGUGAUCAGCCAAGACUGAUGGUACUAAUGUGUGUUUAUUGUCGUGCCCCAUUGUCAUGUUUGGUAGAAAUGUUUCUGUGAAGUCUGUGUCUUUCUAUUUUAUUUAAGGUUAAAUUAUUUAUUUAUGUCCAAUGCAUAUAUUUAUGAUUUGAUUCACUGAGUGGCGGCAGACAUCUGAAGCUGCCUUUUUCUUUCAUCUCUGAGAAAUCAAAAGGAAAGUUUUAAUUUCUUACAAAAAAAACAAAAAAACAAAUCUGACUUUCACACAGCUUGUACUUAACAAAAUAUUCACCAUCAUAUUGUUGUGGUCGCUCAUGAACGUAGAUGUAUGUAUCAUGUACCCUUUUUUCAUACAAAAUGUCCUCUUCAAGUUUACCUGUGAUGCCUCAACCCACUGUACAGUAGCAACCAACAAUACAAACACUUGUGGUCAACAGCAAAAUGGGUUAAUCAGGUUUCUUCUUCUUUUUUUAACCAGUCCUCAGAUUAAUUCCAACAACCCUAUACUUGGGAACCUGACAAUUAGAUACAUACAAUCAUACCUUUAAUAAUCUGAGAUAUUCCCACUUGCAUGGUAAAUGAAUUAGUCAAUUAACCUUAACAUAAUUACUCGAGAGAUAUUUUGACUUUUUUCCUGAAAAAUAAAGAAUAAUCCUGGAAAUGUCCUCAAAAUGAAACAUACCAACAGAACUGUCUUUUAGCAGGAGUAGGAUAAAGUUUAAAUUCAGUGUUUGGGGAAACUACCUGAUGUUUUACUGCCCUCUUAACCUUUUAUUCUAGUCUGUUCACAGUAUAAUUCAUUAGAAAGCUAUAGCGGGUCGUGAUGGACGAAUGUAGAAAACAUAAAAGUCUUUUUGGUUUUAGGAAUUUAAAUGUUUCAGAACUCUCUCUUUUUUCUAAAGUAUUGCAUGAAUAUUACUGUGGUCAAUUUGUUGAAAUAAACAACACAGUUGGAAAA